CCGUUUCCAAAGCGACCGAUAAGAUUAUUCAAAUGUCAACGAUAAGUAUACAUAAAAUAUUUUGUCAAUAAAUCGCAAAGCAAGUCGCCUUUGAGCCACAAAAUAGAAAUUAAUGUUUAAAAAUCUUUGAAAAUUCGAAAAAGUUGGUGAAUUUAAAACUCGCGCAAUUCGUACGCAUCGAAAACUAAUUCUAAUUUUGCAUGUAAAUAUAAUCUGAAAGUUGAAGUGAAUUUAGUGACAUUAUAUGUAAAAACUUUAUAUUUGAUAUAUUUUAAAAAGUGAGUUUCAUUUUUGAAAUUAAUAUAAUUUUUUUGAAAAAAUAAAAGUGGAAUUACGUCUGGCGUAGUAAAGUUGCGCUGACGCACGCGCAUUUCCAGCUGCCGGCAGGACAACGUCCCCAACAGACCUCCAAGAGAGAACAGUCGUUUUUAUUCAGUGAAUCUGGGUGUUUAGUAGUUUAAAUUGUACAGUUUUCGUAUUAGAAAAAAUGGCAUCAGGUGUAACAGUAGCAGAUGCAUGCAAAAAAAUCCAUGAAGAAAUCAAAAGGGACAAAAAACACCGGUACGCCAUUUUCUAUAUCAAAGACGGUAAACAAAUUGAUGUGGAGCUCAUAGGUGCUAGAAAUGAAGAAUAUGAGGAUUUCCUAACCAACCUGCAAGCAGGAGGAGCAGGUGAAUGUCGCUAUGGGCUCUUUGACUUUGAAUAUAUGCACCAGUGCCAGGGUACUUCUGAGUCCUCCAAGAAACAAAAAUUGUUCCUCAUUUCGUGGUGUCCAGACACAGCAUCAGUCAAAAAGAAGAUGGUAUACGCUAGGUGAGUUUUUACAUUUUUAACUUCAAAUCAAAAGUGUUUGUGAGACUGAGUGCAUGAAUCCUGAAUUCAUUAAAAAGCUAUUUUUACUGUUUUCUCACUUGAACAUGUUAAAUGUAAACUGUAGAACAAAAGAAAUGGAAAAAAGAUAAUAUGUUGGGUACUGGGCCCUGUACACAAUUACCCUCGUUAUACCAUGUAAUAACCAUAAAAAAUGUCAUUAAAAUCUCAUAAGAAUCAUUUUUGUUUAAUCUCAGUUUAACAAGUUUUUAUUUAUAUUAAAAAUGUGUUUAAAUGUAUAAUAAAUUAAUUUAAUAUAUUUUUUUCUUUUGUGUUUGGAUAUGUUUGAACAAAAUAUGUGCUGGAUAUUAUUCCGAGACUUUGAGUCAUUGCUGUGUGGAAUCUCCAAUGAGUGAAGCAAUUUAUUUGAUUUUAUUUGUUAAUUACUGAUCAUAAAUUUUAGGUUUAUUUAUUUAAUGAUUAAUUUAUAAUCACCAAUAAAACAAACCUUAUCUUUGAUGCAAAGCUAUUAAUGCUUUUUAUCAAUAAUCUGGGCAAUAAAAUUGUCAGGAUUAUUUCACUAAAAUACAAAUACCUACUUGUUUGAGGGAAAGUAAAUAUUUUUGGUGAUAUGGAUUUUAAAAUAAAAUAAAUACAUGUUUAAUUGAAUUUUUAUUUGUAAGUAAUGUUGUUUUGGAGGACUUGGCAGUUCAAACGUUCUAUAGUUGUUUUUCAGUGGAUUUUUAUUCAUUCGAAUAUCUUAAAAAAGCCUUGGUAGGAGUACAAAAGUCCAUCCAGGCGACGGACCUGUCGGAAGCCAGUAUAGAAGCAGUAGAGGAAAAACUGCGAUCCACCGAUCGUCAGUAGCGCCUCUUUUUUUAUUUCUUUUUUUUUUGUAUCUAUUUUCGACUGUCUACUCAACGCACCGACCUACCUAGGUGUAUUAUUUAUAUAAGUAUUUGAAUAUUUAAUAAAGCUUCAUUUAUAAAUUAA